UCUCACCUGGCCGUCGCUCAAUUUUUUUCCAUUUUCCAUUGGCAGCGGCAGCGCAAAUCGCAACAGCAAAUCGCAACAGCAAAUCGCAACAGCAAUUCGCAAAAGCAAUUCGCAAAAGGCAAUUCGCAAGUCGAAGAACGGCAUAUUUUUUUUGGCUGAGGCUUCUCCCCUCCGUCCCCGUGUGUGUGAGUGCCCUGUGUUGGUGUGUGUCGUGUGUCCGUGUAUUGGCAAAGAAAAUUAGCACAACAAAAGCGAAAGCGAAAAGGAACACCUCGUCACGCGGAUAGAACUCUUCGAUCCGAUCCGAUUCGAUCAGAAAGCAGCAAAAGCCAGCAAUCGCCAGUAACCAUGUCGGAGGUGGAAGCGCAGCAAAGCCAGGAGACGAACGGGAGCAAGUUCGACGUGCCCGAGAUAGAGCUGAUCAUAAAGGCCUCGACCAUCGAUGGCCGGCGGAAGGGCGCCUGUCUGUUCUGCCAGGAGUACUUCAUGGACCUGUACCUGCUGGCCGAGCUGAAGACGAUCAGCCUGAAGGUGACGACGGUGGACAUGCAGAAGCCGCCGCCCGAUUUCCGCACCAACUUCGAGGCCACACACCCGCCCAUCCUCAUCGACAACGGGCUGGCCAUUCUCGAGAACGAGAAGAUCGAGCGGCACAUCAUGAAGAACAUCCCGGGCGGCUACAAUCUCUUCGUCCAGGACAAGGAGGUGGCCACGCUGAUCGAGAACCUGUACGUCAAGUUGAAGCUGAUGCUGGUGAAGAAGGACGAGGCCAAGAACAAUGCCCUGCUCUCGCAUCUGCGCAAGAUCAACGAUCACCUGUCCGCGCGCAACACGCGCUUCCUCACCGGCGACACCAUGUGCUGCUUCGACUGUGAGCUGAUGCCGCGCCUCCAGCACAUCCGUGUGGCGGGCAAGUACUUCGUGGACUUUGAGAUCCCGACGCACUUGACGGCGCUGUGGCGCUACAUGUACCACAUGUACCAGCUGGACGCCUUCACACAGUCGUGCCCGGCCGACCAGGACAUCAUCAAUCACUACAAGCUGCAACAGAGUCUCAAAAUGAAGAAGCACGAGGAGCUGGAGACGCCCACGUUUACCACAUCCAUUCCAAUUGAUAUUUCGGAGUAGGUUUCCUAUGGAGCAGAGCCAUGCAGCCACACAUCAACUUAUAGCGUAUACAGCAACCACAAUAUUUUGGACAACUUUACAACAACAGCAGCAGCCGCAACUCUGAGGACUAUACCUAGAUGUAUACUUAACGGAUAAAACUACCCAUGCAUAUAUUAUAUAUAUAUAACUACUAUAUAUAACGAGUACAUAACAAGCAUAACAACAAGUGUUCUUUAAGCAGCCGCGUUGCCUUUCUUCAGCUAUGCUUAAUUUAAACCCUAUUUAAACACCAGCCACAACCAAUCGAGCAGGCUUUGACUUACUUUUCCCGCCUGCAUGUAUUUCUUCUUGAUUAUUAAUGAAACAUUUGUAUUUGACAUACAGAUGACCCAGCAAACGCAUGAAUAUGAACAUAGCUCGCUGUCAAUUAAAAUUUAUCGAUUGCUUAAAGAGCCGCCUCUCGGUCUAUUCUUUUAUUUUAUUUAACCUUAUAUUUUGUAUUCUGCAAGGAGCUUUUAUUUUUUUGUUUUUAAAGACAAAACUGUAUUUUUUUUUGCAAGACUAUUAUUUUGCUUUUUUUUUUGCUCCCUGGCGCCAGUUGCCAUUUUGUUUGCUUUUAAUUUUUAUUUUAAUAUUUUUAUCAUAACAAGAAAAACACAAAAAAAAGAAAACGAAAAUUAGAAGAGGAAAUGAAGAGUAUUUUUUGUAUUUAAGAGAAAAAUUAAAAAUAAAACAAAACAAAAAGACAAAGAAUCUGCCUUAUUAUAAAAUAUGGGAUAAUUUAAUUUGGCUAAACUACGCCUGAAAAACUGGAACGAAAAAUCGUAUUUAUGACAAAAAUCUGAACCUCGAAUCGACAAAAAUCAUACUCCUACUUUUCGCCCUAAAUAUUCAGUUUUUUUUUGCCACAAAGAAACUAAACGUCAGAUGUCAAACCUCGUUAAGUUCGUCGCUUAAUUUCCCAUCUAUCUACAUUUAAAUUAAGAAAUUUAUUACCCUUUGAAAUUAAAAAAAAAAUUGAUGAUGUACCCUCUCAAAAAUAUCUGAAUCCCAUAUUUCGCCCUAAAUAUUCAGUUUUUUGGCUGCCAAUAAAAACCUAAACGUCCGAUCGAGGAAUGUCAUACCUCGUUGAGCUCGUCGCUUAAUUUCCCAUCUAUCUACAUUUAAA